GCCGCUAAAGGUGUUUGGGAAACUGCUCGCCAUCUAACUUGCUCGUUGAAGCUGCUGCGGCUCGUGAGACGGUUUCAGAGAGAGAGAGAGAGAGAAAUUGUAUUCACUGUGCGAGAAAACCAACAAAGAGAAUCGGGAAGAAUCGGGUGGAAAGCUUGCCCAUGCUAUGCACCCAAAAAACGACACCUUUCGACGUUAGAUUCGCAUCGCUGCGAGGGAUGCAACAACCCCCAGCCCACGACUCUGGAACAAAAGCAAAGGCUUCUUUCGGUCCCGUCAUAUCCAUUUGUGUUUUAGCCCAAUUUUGAACACCCUUGUGAAAGUGUGAUCCAUGAGGAUCACUUGUAGAUCAUGAUUCCCUUGUACUCACUAGAACCUGCCAUUGCUUGGACGAUUUGGACACAACCCUCUUCUUAUCAUUGGAGACCACACCAGUCCAAAUCAGCUUGAAUGCUACCUCCACGUCUCAGCAACCAGCACUCACAUUCUCAGAUGUGAUCAUUAUCUCAAGGAAUUAUCAUUCGCAAAGUGGACUCUUGACUAUGAUUGCUUUAUCAACUAGACAACAAUAUACAAAGUUUUCAUGUUCAACAUACACAAAUUCAAAACCUUAGACUUCGGUGGCUUAUGGAUCGUUGGCCCCCAUGGGAACCACAGCUAAGAAACCCCUCAACUUAAACCUUAAAACUAAGGAAACUGAACUAUUGCUAUGGUCUGACUCUGAAAUUAAAUCACAACACUCUAUAAUGUGGAUAAGAUUUUUCAUAUUAGAGUUCUAAAUCUUCCCUCCCUCAUCUUUGCUUCGCUAAAUAGUGCCAAAAUGCUGAUACAAGACACUGGAUCAAGCUUACAAAUGGAAUCCAUUUACAGUCGCAGUCAGCAACCAGCGUGAAAGAAGAUGGAUUGUAAUGAAUCACGCACUCCCUCUCUCUGGCCCAGUCUAGCGCCUCGAAGAACUUCAGGGCUCAUCUAAGACCAGCUUCGUUCUCCAGCACUCAGGCACUCCAUCGGAUGACCAAAAAUCAGAUCAAAGCAGAUCACAAUGCACUAACCAUUUACGCAUCAGAUUAUUAAAAUAAAAAAAAAGGAUAAAGAAAGGCAAUCAUGAGAUGGCACUUUUCUUGCAACUGCAAUCGAAUUAUGGAAUUUAAAGUAUUAAAAGGUAUUUUAUUUUUGAAAAGGUAGUCAACCGGUUCCCGAGCAGGAUGGUUGCAGUUGCAGUUGCAGCUGCAGCGGCAGCUCGUGCACAAAGGUGUCAUUAGCUACAGGGAUUCACGGUUGUGCCACUUGAAGGAGGUACGCAGCCAUGGACAAGACCAAGACCAGAUGCUCGGAGUCAGCAAACAAACGAACGAACAUGAGACACAAUCCGAGCUUGACAAAUCCUGCAGAUAUUUUUGUCAGUUAGACGAGUGGGUCGUCCACACCCGUCCAGCACCGGCCCCUCCUUUCGUCCGUUCGACAGAUAUUUGUUUACGAUAUUUAGCAGUGCAGGCGCAAAUCCAUCGUUCCUCUCGCCCCUGUUUGCAUCCGGUCUGGUCAGUCGAUCAUGAACAACAAGCGAAGGAUGAGAAUUGUCAUGCCGCGGUCGAGGUCCUCCUACAGUUACGAGAGUAAUAAUUAGAAUCUGGCUCCUCCAUGAUUCUGAUUAAAUUCAUCCUCGGCCUCAUUUUACUGUCCUUCCAGUGCUUUGCUCCUACAUCGAUCCAUGUCCAAAUCUCGAGCCUUCACGUCCAUAGCUCGGACGUGAAGGCUGUCGAUGAGAAUCACAGAUUUCGCUUUUGACGACGUCCAAAUCUUCAGAUCCCUUCCCAGUUUCCAAAGGUCAGACUGAAUCUGGUCGCCAUAUGUGGAUCUGCUGCUCACCGCAUGCUUUAAUGAGCUCCUCCAUAACUCACAAGUGCACUCACACCUUUUGCACUUCUUUCCAACACGAUGGACCGACCAAAAGGAGAGUUCAGGUUCAAUGUUGUGUCGGUUUCAGGUGGAGGGAGGGAGGCAACGGAAUCACCGCAUGAACUGCUUCCCUCCCCCUGCUCUCUAUCCUCUUCGCAAUGCAGAUCACGUCGUGGAUGUCAAAUCCCCAACCGAUCCCAAAAGUGAAACGUACACAUCAUCCAAACAAACAAACGAUCCAGGUGCUGAAUUUAUGAUCUGUUCCCAGAAGCAUAAUAUUGAUCUGGUGCAUGACAUCCAUCCUCUCAGUCCAUGUCUGCAGAG